AUGCUGCCCGAACUGUUUUUUAUCGCUAGAAUCUCGAGCUCGAUCGCCGGAGGGUUGAGCUUUGGGACGCUUAUUAUAUUUUUGCAGGAAACCACCCCCACGAAUCUCCGUGGUGUUGCCUCGUUCCUGGCCGAGGUCACAUUUUUGCUAUGUACAGUCGUCGGGAUGGGCGCCGGCAUGGAUCGGGUGUUUGGUCGGAAUUUGAUCGCGCUCACAGGUUUGGCUAUCAUCCCGGGAGUGAUCUGCGUUGGUACAAUCCUGCCGCUGCACGAAACGCCAAAAUAUCUGCUACUUGGAAGGCAUGAUGAGGAGGCGGCUAGGGAGGCGGUGGAAUUUUAUUACGGAGAUGAGUACGACGCUGAUGAGGUGCUGAAAGAGAUCCAAAAAGAGGGGCUGGACGGCGAUGAAAAAUUCAACUUUUACCGCGGCAUCCGGCUGAUCUUCUCGGAACCAUAUCUGCGAAUGCCUUAUCUCAUCGGGUUGGCUAGUCUUCAGCUUGUCAUGGGCCUAUUCCCGAUCAUCUACCUGUCGACGAACUUCUUGGAGGAGAUGUUUGAGCCGGCCACGGCGCAGCUGGCGUCUUUCGGGUUCAUCUUGGUGCAAUUCGGUGCGGGGAUUUGUGGGACGUUCGUGGUUUCACGCUGUGGCCGCCGUCCUCUCCUUCUGGGCCUGGGUGCGAUGAAUAUCUCUUCAUUCAUCUUGUAUAUUCUGUUCGAGCGUCUCUCCAGCUACUACGGUGGCCCCUGGGGCUAUGGAUGCAUUUUAGCGCUGUGCAUUUUCGGCUUUUCCUAUGGGCUGGGGCUGGGCCCGAUCUCUUGCUUCAUCACCAGCGAACUCGUCGUGCAACGGUAUCGCUCUCUGGUGCAGAGUAUGAUGUACGUGACGAACACGCUGAUCAGCCUGGUCGUCUCCUACCUCGUGCUACCGGCCUACACCCAUUUCGGGUGUCUCUCGUUCCUCGUGCUCUUCGUCAUCCCGUCGCUCUUCGCGUUUGCCUAUCUCUACAUUAAUUUGCCGGAGACGAAGGAUCGAGAGAUCCACGAGAUUGUUGGCGAGCUCAAAGAAAGGGUCGGCUGCUGCACGGCAUCGCGUAGCUUCUCGGAAUCCUCAUCAACCAAUAACAUCACUUCCGAAGAGACUCCAUUGACCAAACAAAAAACCGGCCAAUCACUGCUACCG